AUGAUCAGGCUUUUCGCCUGUGUCGACCGGCACUUGCAGCCGCUUCUCCCAGCUUCCUUGUCUCUGUUGGCCUCUCCCGUGCUUGCACGUCGACAAGUUAAGUGCUUAGCGUCAGCGUCUACUACGCUUAACCGCUAUUCUCGGCACACAAGAAAGAAGACGGUGUACUCGAUCAAACAAAUGAAUUCUAAUCCUACAGUGCUAAAAUCCUACUAUUGGUUCUCCGUACAAGGGACUGGUGGGCCAGGAGAGGCCGCGUCAGAGCGAGCAGCAACCUGGGAGACGUGUCCCAGUCGUCAAUUUCCUGGCCCCGGAAAAAGAAAGAAAUUUAUGACAGCCGUGCUCCGUAUUGAGGGUAGCUCCUCACGAGAACAAGCUUUGAAGGCCAAUGCCAAGUGCAAUUAA